AUGGCUGAUAAACUGACAGACGAACAAAUUGCAGAAGUCCAAGAAGCGUUUUCAUUAUUCGAUAAAGAUGGAGAUGGAGUAAUUACAACAAAAGAAUUAACAGUAUUCAUGAAAAAUUUAGGUCACAAUCCAACAGAAGCAGACGUAAACGAAAUGAUGAAGGAAGUGGAUACCAAUGCAAAUGGAACAAUUGAGUUUCAAGAAUUUUUAACUAAGAUGACAUUAACAAUGAAAGAGAAUAUUAGUGACGACGCCAUUCAUGAAGCAUAUCGUGUAUUUGACGAAGAUGGAAAUGGAUAUAUAUCAGCAGUCGAGUUACGUCGUGUAAUGAAAAAUCUGGGACAAAACUUGACUGACAAAGAAAUUAAUCAAAUGAUUACAGAAGCAGAUCUUGAUGGAGACGGACAAUUGACUUAUGAAGAAUUUGCUAAGAUAAUGGUUACAAAAUAA